AUGGCCCAAUAUGCCAGCGCGGCCAGUCCCGCCCAGUCGACGGCGACGACGGCAUCAGCGCAGCAGCAGCCCGCGGGCCAGUCGCAGUCGCAGUCGCAGUCGCAGGCACAGGCUCCCCAGCACAAGCGCGUCUACCAGGCGUGCAUCCCGUGCCGCCGCCGCAAAGUGCGCUGCGACCUGGGCAGCGUCGACAACCCGCACGACCCGCCGUGCGUGCGCUGCCGCCGCGAGAGCAAGGAGUGCUUCUUCAGCGCCACGCGCCGCAAGAGAAAGACGGACGAGGACGACAGCGACGCCGACGAGUACGUGGUGCGCAACGGCCGCAAGAAGCUGCACGCCGCCGACAGCCCGCCCCUUUCGCGCUUCGACAAGCGCCAGUACAGCGACACGCCCCUGACCCCGGGGGGCUCCCACGGCAGGGCCCAGCCGCUGCGCAGGCCGGACGGCAAGGCUGGCGGCGGGCGCGACGAUGGCGAGUUCGACGGCGACGGCGACUCCAACCAGACGCUGGAGAACCUCGAGGCCCAGACCGUCAUGAGGCGCGGCGUCUACGGGCCUCACGACGCUCUCGACCUCCUCUACAAGGCCGCGACGGACAGGUUUGUCAUGCCUUCGUCGGCUGCUGCGUAUGGCACUGCUAACCGCGAGUCCAGCCCGGCUGCGGAUACACAUCGGCGCCAGCCGAGCAUGGCGUCCAUUGCCCCGGGGCCGCCUCAGCAGGCCCAGGCCGCGGACGAGCCCGGCCUUCGUGCCCGGUCGAGAGGGCCGUCCAUAUCCGUCCGGCCCGAGCAGUCCAUUGACCCCAGCCUGUCUCGUCCGACGCUGAGGGCCCAGCCCGGCUAUGAGGACGCCCUGAGAGCCUGGUCGAGGUUCCGCUUCGUGCGUGCUGGAUGGUUCACCGCGCAGGAAGCCAUUGAAUACAUUGACUACUACUACAAAUACCUGUCACCACUUACACCGAUUUCGCCCCCUACCUUUAGCAACCCCUCGUCUCACCUGACUCUUUUGACUGAGGAGCCCAUUCUCACGGUUACCUUGCUUACGAUUUCCUCGAGAUACUGCCAGCUUCCCGGCACCGGUGGCAUAUGUCGAUCUCACGCGGUGCCGGAACAGCUGUGGACCUAUCUGCGUGGCAUGAUUGAGAGAUGUCUUUGGGGACAGGAAGCCUUUGGAGGUGGCUUCUGCGGGUCGGGGUCUGCUUCGACUUCGAUGAUUGCGGAAGAGUCCCAGACGAGCAGCACGGCGCCCUGGCGGGGUCUUCGCAAAGGCAGCUUGAGGACGCUGGGCACCAUUGAGUCUCUGCUGAUCCUGACCGAGUGGCAUCCUCGAGCGCUGCAUUUCCCCCCACAAGAGGCCACUGAUGAGCUGGUGCUCCCUAUUGCGGAGGCUUCGCCGUUGAUGGCGUCCGAGGAUGAGCUGCACAGGACGAUGGGGCCGGGUAUUGGCGGCAAAAGAAUCGAGAGCUGGCUGGAGCCGGCGUGGAGGAGCGAUCGCAUGUGCUGGAUGCUGCUCAGCACCGCCAUGGGUUUGGCCUACGAGUUGGGUGUGUUUGACGAUAUUGAUGAGCUGCUCAAGGAUGAUGCCAUCACUCGUCCCGAGUACAAGGACGAGGUGUACCGCCAGCGGGCCAACCGCAUCAAGCGGCUGCUGCUCAUCUACACGAGCCAGCUUGCAGGUCGUUUGGGCUGGACCAGCAUGACACCGGAGCACCUGAGAAAAGCCGACCCUGCCGUUGCUCGUCAGAGACCCUUGACCAACGACAGCAGCACGCCCGCGACAAACCCUUCUUCUCUGGCAAACGGAUUCAACUACGUCCCGGACCUGGAGCUCGACGACCAAAUCAUCCACUGCUGGGCCGGCAUCAGCAAUGCCAUGCACCUCGGCAACGAGAAGCUGUUCAAGACGCGCAAGCACACGACGGAGAUUAUCCAGUCGGGCAAGUACGUCGACCUGCUGCGGGACUUCACGCCGCUGCUCAAGGACUGGUAUCGAGAGUUUGAGCUGUUCCGUCUACCGCAGUACAUUCGGCAUAUUCUGACCAUUGAGUACGAAUACGUCCGCAUCUACAUCAACUCCCUCUCGUUGCAGGCGGUCGUCGAGCGGUGCACUAACAAUGCAGGCAACACGUCCAGCUCGGGCAACGGGGUCCAGCCGACGCAUCUGUCUCCGCAGACCAUGAUCAACUACGGAAAGCUGCCCCUGGGCCAGCUGGGAGGCUUCACGGUCCACGACCAGGAGUACGUGCGCGAGGUGGUGGACGGGAGCCGCAAUCUCCUGCGGACGGUUGUCGAGGGACUGCUGCCCGGCGGCUACCUCAAGCACGCGCCCGUGCGGACCUACUUUCGCAUCAUCAGCGGCGCCAUGUUUCUGCUCAAGACGUUUGCCCUGGGCGCUCCCCGUUCCGACGUCAAGCUGAGCAUUGAGCUGAUGGACGCCACGGUGGAGGCUCUGCGCAACUGCAUCGUCGACGACGUGCACCUGGGCAUUCGCUUCGCCGACCUGCUGGAGUCUCUUACCAGCCGGCUGCGGAACCGGUUCAUCCAAGCCCCGAUGCAGCAGCCGUCUGCUAAUGCACAGAGCCCCGUCCCGGAGGCAGGCAACGCGGGCGCCGUGCAGCCGGUGCAGAACGGAGAGGGCGAGAACGGCGCAGCCUGGGUGGGCAGCCACGCACAGAGACUUCGAGACGGUCUCAACGGACACUACCGAGUGCCGACUCCUGCCAACAACAACAACACCACCGAGGCAAACAACAUCUCCGCCACGCCCUUUGACCUCUCGACCGGCAACUUCCCCUACCACGGCGCCUCGUCCAUCGGCCCGUCCACGCCGGCGGCGGACAACAGCAACGCCUCGGGCGCCGGCAACAUGGACGUCAACCUCUUUGACGAGUGGAACAAUGCCGGCAGCGAGAUGUGGUAUCUGCCGCCCGGCCCGGCGUUUUUCCAGAACAUGGAGAAUAGCUCGGUUGCGAUGACGGCUGAAGGUGUGAAUGUCGGUGGGCUGGAUUUGUUGGAGUAUAUGGCGAUGGAUCCGGUGCAGUUUCCGGGGCUGGAUGGGGGGACGAGCGGAGCGGCGAGUUGA